AUGUGUGAGCUUGGGGGCUCGGUGGAAAUCGGGCAAGUACUCUUGGAGUUAGGUUUGCAGGCGUCGUCGUCGGUUCUCUCCUUCCAAUCCAUGGGUCUUGUGGAUCGAAUUCAGUCAUCCUCAGACUUGGGAAGAGGUCCUCAUCGGGAACAAGCAGGCCGGUAUUCAUCUAGCGGCACUGAACAGGAGUCCCAGAUGCCCAAACCGUGGUUACUACCCAGCAUUGCAGAGGAGGCCCUCUGUGGAACACACCUUCAGCCGCUGCGGCUCUUCUGUGACGAUGACCAAAUCACAGUUUGCAGCAAAUGUGUCCAGUGUCUAGAGCACAAGCAGCAUGUGAUAUAUGGGCUACAAGAGGCUGCUGAGUAUUACAGGGAGUUAUUCCGGGAAACACUGGUUACGCUGCGGGCGAAGCUGGAAGUACUUAAAUGCUACCUGACUGAUGAACAAGAGCGAGUGAUGAUGCUUCAGGAAGAAGAGCAGAGGUUUAAAGAGAUAAUCAAGGCUGAGUAUAAGAUGAGAUUCCUGUUACUAGCUGAAAAGAUGGAGCGGCGCUUUCUGAACCGGUCAGACUGCACCUUUGACCUGGAUGUGAAAGGAGCUCAUCAGAACCUACUGAGGGUGCUAAGUGAGGCGUUCAGUCUCAAGUCCCAGAAAAUGCUACAGAAACUUGGGCACCUGGGGAGACAGAAGGUGAGCAAACUGAAGGCGAACGCAGUCUGGGUUCGGAAGCACCUCUACAUCCUCCAGAAGACCAUUACAAAACUGGAGAAGAAGUGUGGGGAACCUGCCGCAGCAUUGCUCCAGGAUGCAAAGCGCUGGUUAGAAAGGAGUGAGUCUCUGUUGCUUCGGAACCUAAAGCCAGCUCGAAUCACAGACCUGAGCUCAUCCCUGGUGAUAAGAAUGAACAAAGCACUGCUAAGGCUACAAAGACAUGUCACUUUGGACCCAGACACUGCUCAUCCUUCCCUGGUCUUGUCUGAGGACUUCAGACGGGUGACAUUUGGAUAUAUACCACCGUGGUUGGCUGGUUCUCCAGAGAGACUGGAUUUCAGUGCGUCCGUGUUGGGUGCAGGGAGUUUCAGCUCAGGGAGGCAUUAUUGGGAGGUAUCUGUGGAACAGGCAACACAGUGGCAGUUGGGCAUAUGUGACUGUACAGAGACAAAGAACAAUGGACCCCAGGCUUCUGGAGAUAAGUACCUGCUCAUGGGGUCCAUGAUGGGGACAGAGUACACCUACUGGGUCUUUCCCCCUUUAAGAAAGGUCUCUCAGAGAAAGCAAACGCACAAAGUGGGAGUCUUCGUGGACUGUGGCUGUGGCCAAGUAUCAUUCUACAAUGUGGCAGAGCAAUCCGUCAUUUAUAGUUUCCUUGACCUUACCUUCCGAGGAACAGUUAAACCUAUAUUUUCUCUUUGUUUUCCAGUUGGAGAUGAGAGUACAAAUUCUCUUACUGUCUGUCUCCCUCAAAUGCAUUCCUGA